AUGCGCAAGGCAUUUAAUCCAUCGAAGCUGAUGGGCCUUAAGGGCAAGCGCAAAGACGCUGAGCCCACUACAGAUCGGUCCUACAGCCUCCCUGUUCCCGAGGCGACUGACGAGUCGGCCACCGGUGCGCGCCGCUUUGGCGGCCCGUCGACCGCGGCCGUCGCCGCUGCUGCUGGCGGCGGCGCGGGCGGCGGCGCGGGCGGCGCUGCAGCCGCGACGCGCGCGCACGACCAGUACUCGGAUAUCCCCGAGGACGACGAAGAGGACGAGGACCUGUCCAGCACAUACGAUUCGCAGGAGCCCGUCUACGAGGACGACGAAGAGUACACCGACGAAGACGAGUACUCGGAAGAUUAUGACGACGAAGAAUACACCGAGGACGACUACACGCAGUCGGGAAUUGCUGACGAUGACGAGUACGAUGACGAAUACGACGACGAGUCGACGCGCCCGUCGGGCGACUAUACCGACUCGGCCCGCCCGUCGGGUGACUAUACCGACUCGGCCCGUCCUUCGGACGACUACGACGACAUGAGCGAGUACUCGCGUGAAGACGACGCUCCUCUUGACGACGAGGACGACGAGGAAUACGCAAGCACCGCCGAGGGCGAUGAGCUUGACGACGAGUACCUCGACGACGAGAGCGUCGCGUCCGAUCACACGAUCCCGGCCGCCGGCGAGGAUGAGCCGUCGCCGGCGCUCCUCGGCGCAGGCGCCGCGGGUGCGGGCGCCGCGGGCGCCGCCGCGCUCGCGCAGCAGCAGUCGGGCGGCAAGUUCCUGCGCAGCUUCCGCCGCAAGCCGAACCCGCCUGCGGACGCGCCGACGACGCGCAAUGCGCUCGGCGCGCAGCGCCGUGGCUUCCUCACGCGCCUGCAAAAGAUCGGGCAGCGCCAGCAGCCGGAGCGCUCGACGAACAAGGAGCCGGACGCGUUCCGCUCGAACUCGAUCGUCGGCCGCUCGCGCGGCGCGGUCGCCGACCUCGAAAAGCGCAACUCGGUCACGCGCUCGGGCACGCCGCGCCGCAACGCGUCGGUGCAGCGCAAGGAUAACGCGAUGGGCUUGCGCGACCGUGCCGAGCUCGCCGUGAUGGGCGGCUCGGAGGACGAGGACGCGGCGUACGUCAACUAUAGCAGCCGGAACAAGGAGGCGGCCGCCGGCGCGCCUGGCGCGGUGCCUUCUGCGGUGCCUGCCGCUGCGGUGCCUGCCGCUGCUGCGCCUGCCGCUGCUGCGCCUGCUGCUGCUGCGCCUGUUGCUGCUGCACCUGCUGCUGCUGCACCUGCGCCGCGCACGCUGCCUGUGCCGCCCGCCGCCGCCGCUGUGCCUGCUGCUGUGCCUGCCGGCGGUGCGGUGCCUGCCGGUGCAGUGCCCGCCCGUGCGGUGCCCACCGGUGCGGCGCCUGCCGCCGCGGCCCCGUCGAUCCAGAGCCGCGUGCAGGGCUCCGAGUACACGAGCACGUCGAUGACGCCCUCGCGCCACCAGACAAUGACGGUAUCGACCGAUGGCGAGUCUGAUCUGAGCGACUCGGAGUACGUCCCGACGAUUCCCGACAGCAACCGUGCGACCGAGGCGUUUGAGCGCUCGCCGGUCGACGCCCCCCCCUAUCCCGGUGCGUCGCCGGUGGUGCCCACAACGCGCACCGCGCCGAGCGAAGAGGUGCUACUGCGCGACGAGACGCGCGGCCGCGUACCGCAGCUUGUCGAUCCCUUUUCCAAAGGCAUGUCGCUCGGCCGCUUUUCCAAGGACAUUGGCCGUCCGGAGAGCAUCGAGCCGAGCCUCUUUGAGGCGGACCGCGACUCGGGCCAGCCCUCGAGCCCGCUGCUGCCUGCGAGCGGCCCGCUGAGCGGCCAGCGCUCGUCGAUGGACGCGUCGUCCGCGUCGCGUGGCGUCGUUGGCCAGGCGCCGUACCUGCUGACCGCCUCGACGAGCUCGCGCGACGCGCCGCCGGCCGCCCCCCCGAUCACCCCCUCGGCGCUGCACAGGAUGGAGGACGAGGACACGGGCCUCGUUGCCGAGUACACGCCGGUGUCGCGCCGCGGCCACGCGACGAAUCCGUCGGUGGGCACCAGCACCGAGUUCCAGUCGGUCGGUGCGCCGUCCGAGUACAGCGCGGCGCUGCAGUCGCCUGCGCGCAUCAGCAGCCGCCCCAAGAAGGUCGCGUCCGACCUGAGCCAGGCGGAGCGCGAACGCCUGCCCCGCACGCGUGCGCGCGCCGGCAGCUCGCCCCGCGCGCCGGCCGUCCCCCCCGUGCCGCCGGUGCCUGCGGUGAUCCCCGCCAAGCCCAAAAAGACCGCGCCGCCAAACUUCAAGGGUCUCGAGCACAAGACCGCCCACCGCGCGCGCCGCAACUCGUCGCGUGCGUCGCGCCGCCUGCCGCUGCCCAAGGAGCCGCAAAACUUUUUGCUCACGCCGUCCGUCGCGCCGACCGAGACGGACCCCGAGGAGGACGCCGAGGCGCCGGUGCCGGUGACCAAGGCCGACCGCUCGUGGCUCCUGCGUGACCUCAGCGCGGAGGAGGUGCACUACUUCCUGCGCUCGAUUGUCGGCCAGGAGCUCGACUGGGAGCUCGACCGGGCGUUCCUGCUGACGUCCUUUGAUAAGCCUGUCGGCCGCUCGCGCUCGCGCGGUGCGCUGCUCAACGACGGCGACUCGCGCAAGGACGACUUUUCCGACGAGGGCCGCUCGAGCGGCAUCGACCUGGACGAGGACGAAGAGGCGGUCUUCCGCCGCGACGUGUACGAGCCGGUGGCCUCGUCCGAGACGGUCGACCUGCCGCUGCUGCGCUUCCUACUGAAGAACGCCUUCUGCACGUUCCCCUUGUUUGUCGCGCCGGAGCGCAAGGGCCGCAACCCCAACCGCCCCCCGCCGAACAAGGCCGCGAUCGCGCGCUCCUACUUCUUUGCGGCGAUCCUCCCGAUCCUGCGCGAGAUGCAGGCGCGCUCGCUCAGCGCGCCGGUUGACCGCCACGGCGAGAGCGACGGCACGCCGUUCUGCGUGAUGAGCACGACGCGUGCCAUCACGCUGACGCUGCGCAAGUGGGCCAUUCGCUACAUCACCACUGUGCUUCGUGUGGGCGCGGGCAACCCCUUCUACGGCAUGGAGCAGGUGCACAACCGCCCGUGGCCGUGGCCGCCCGCGCAGCUCCUGCCGCCGGAGGCGUACGUGUCGUACCGCAAGCCGACCGACCGCCUGCGCCUCGGUGGCUUCGAGGUGGACAUUGUCGCGGUGCGCAUCCACUCGGCGGUCGACCGCGACUUUUUGCUGCGUAUCCGCCGCCCGAAUCGCCUGGACGAGUUUGUCGUGCGCAACGACACGGACUGGGAAGAGUUCCGCACCAAGCUUGCCCAGGAGCUCGGUCCGUUUGUGCAUGUGCGCCCCCUGCCCCGCCUGCCGGGCCGUGCGGCGCCGGUGCGCCGCGCGCCGUCAACGCACUCGUCGGCCACGCCCUCGACAGAGACUUCGCUGGAGGACUCGGUGGAGACGUACGACGACGAGACGGAGAGCACGGGCGACUACACGUACGACGAAGAGACCAGCUCGUACCUCACUGACGAGUACGACGAGUCGAUCGACGAUGCGAGCACGAUCGACGGCCCGCCCGCCGGCACGUCGGCCGCCGACAUCCUGCGCCCCUUGUACGGCCAGCGUGCGCGCCCGCCGCCCAAGUACGAGGUCGACCGCCGCCUGCUGCGCUCGUGGCUGCGCGACACGCUGGCGAUCCGCAGCGUAUCGGAAAGCCAAGAGGUGCGUGCGUUCCUGAGCAUCGGCUCCUUCAACGACCGCGAGCUCGACACGAACGAGCUGCUGAACAUUGCCGAGCGCCGCCGUGUCGACUGCCGCCGCAUCGAGGAGCGCGAAAAGGACGCCGAGCUUGCAGGCGAUAAUGUGCUCGGCAUCCGCCGCGUGAUGCACCGCAUCUGGCUGGAUUGCGUCGACGGCGACGGCUUCCUCAAGGCGUUUGACGCGCUGAAGGAGACGCCCGAUUUUUGGGAGCUGCCCACGUCCUACCAGACGGUCGUCUCGUGGGGCAACUUGCAGAUGGCGCGCUUCCUCUUUGGCGUGUUUGUGCAGGGCGACGAGUCGCGUGCAAACCUCGCGCGCGUCCGCGACAUGGUGGACGCGGUGCCGUGGAAGCGCCUCGCGAACGCGAUGCGCCUCCCCGCCCUCCAGGCGGUGGCCGAGUGGCAGAAGCAGUUCCUGCGCAACCGCUUUAUGCAGACCAUGUUCCAGAUCGCGUUCGAGGACAACCCCGUGGCGAUGGACGAGGACCUGCGCAUCCUGCAGCAGGCGAUCGGCUCGGACACCAUGAUCCGCAAGCUGCGCGCGUACGUCGAGUCGCCCGAGGACCUCAAGCGCCUCGUGCGCCAGCACGCCGAGCGUGCCGACAUCCCGCUCGUCGCGGCGAUCGUGCGUGGCUCGGAUGCGCCCAAGCUGAGCAAGACCGAGGUCCAGCGCGUGAUCCUCGCGACGCGCGCCUACUCCGACUUUUUGAAGACGCACCCCACGUCGGCCAAGAAGAAGGCGCAUACGGACCCUGGCUACCUGCUGAUUGUCAACCUGCAGCGCGUGCUGCGCCUCUACUCGCUGCACCGCGACGUGACGCAGAUCCGCGGCAUGCUCCAGGACCCGACGAUCCUCGACGCGCUCACCAUCUUCUUCGAGCCGCUGAACGACGCGCUGGCGCGUAUGCACAAGAUCAAGGGGAUCCGCCAGGAUAUUCUCGAUCUGCACGGCUACCUCGUGCGCCUCCUCGACCUGCUCGAGAGCCUGCGUGCGCGCAUCCAGGACCCUGCGCGCUCGAUCAACAUGCUCGCCUCCUUCCUCGACCGCGGCACGCCCGGCUGGUACAACUUUUUGCACCGCUGGUCGGAGAUCGACCCGAUGGUGUUCAGCUCCUUUGCCUGGCUGCGCCACCUCGCGAUGACGAUUGGCGCGGGCAGCGAGGACCUGGCCGAGAUCUGGGAGCCGCCGCUGGACGCGCUCCAAGAGCCGAUGCCGCGUCCUGGCGACGAGGACGUCGAAGGCCUCUCGACUGCGCUGCGUGCCGCGAGCCUCGCCAAGCUCGUCGCGCAAGGCGGCGUCGGAAAGGGCGAGCAGGCGCAGCUCGACGAGACGAUGGUCGCCGAGAUCCGCGAGCUGGCCGAGGCCGCGCGCCGCAAGCGUGCGCGCCAGAUGGAGAUUGCCUGCCGCUGGUCUGCUGGCGACACCGAGGGCGACUUUUCUAUCCAAGUCUUUGGCGACGGUGCGGGCAAGAUGCGCACCGAGCCCUUUUUGCCGAAAGAGCCGCGCCCCGCGCCCAAGCUCACUGCGAUUGAGCGCCUGCGCCGCAGCUUCCGCGAAGCGGUGUCGAGUGCCCUGGCCCGCUAA